AUGGGGACGGUGGCUGGCGAGCUGCAGGGCGAUGCGUUUCUCCGUGCCAAUUUGGAGUACUUGGCGUCGCUGGAACCACCGGCCAUUUGUCCGGUGUUGCCGCGGCUCCCAGGGGGAGCGGGUCUCCUGCCGGACGACUUUCAGUUACCCCCGACGGCAACAGCGGGCGAAGCUGCGUCGAUUAUCCUGCAGGUGAAUGCUGUGGAGGACGUUUCUCUUCCGAUGGCGCAGCGAUUAAGGGCCAUGGCACCACCCGAAACAGCGGCGGUGCAGGACAAUGAGACGGAACUCCCCACGGCGGUGGGAGACGAGGCGCGGCAGAUUUCAGUGGAUGAAGUGCUGCGUUCUAUGGAAAGUGACGAGCCCGCGUCGCAGCGACGUGGACGUCGUCAGCGUUUGCUUCGGCUAACCCUUACCGACGGCUUCACGAGGGUGAUUGCGGUUGAGGACUGCCGCAAAGGAUGUGACGCAUUGCGAGGAGGGGUGGCGUGGGGUACCAAACUGCGACUUUAUGCCCCGCUGCAAAUACGCCACGGUGUGCUCAUCUUGAAAUCACAGCAGACGGUGAUGAUGGGUGGGUUUGUGCUGGAGCUACAGGAAUUCUGGGAGCGGCAUGCAAAGGCAAUGCUCGAGGAGAUGUCCGGGAGACCCAAGAGGCGAAUCCAGCAGCCUGCGGAGGUGCCUUCCAGGGUUGCGCCGGUGCAAAUUCACAACGGGGCACGCACCAACGUGGAACAUAAUUCCGCGUCGUUACCACCACUACCACAGCAGCGGCUGCAGGAAGGAGGAGCAGAAGAAAAUGCAGCAGCACCCGCUGCUCCAAGCCAUUCCAACACUAUGGCCUCCCUACAUGGUGCGAAUGCCGUGAAUCAACCACCCCCACUCUCUUUCUCUCUUUCCGCCUCACAGCCCCAAUCUCUUUCUGCGUGGCAAUCACAUCAUCCGCCCACCGCCCCCUUUAGGACAGUUGCAGUAAUCAGAGAAGUGACAUCGGAAUUGACGAUUAGAGAAGUCUCUGCGCGUUCUCCGGAGGCAUCCAAACGUUUUUCGCUUCUUGUCCUACUGUCAACUCCCCCAGCUGAUGUCAACAGCGAUGUGCCGACAGGAGAGGCAGAGCUCGUGGUGGAUCUGGGCCACAACUGGCUGCAGCAAGCACUCGGCGUGGAUCCUGACGCAUUUCGCGCCCUGUUCCUUUCGCGCCAACCCGAUGACGUUGCAAAGCUUAACACGUUGGUGGAGAGUGUGGGGUGGGAGUUGGAGAACUUUGGCGUCGCGGUCUUCGUGUUGCGUCAGCGCGAGACCGAUGGCGUCGUCGAGGUGGUGAAGGUGGAGCGGCUGUAG